ACGUGACCUGAAGCCGCGGGGGCGCGCCCCAGCCGCCAUGUCGGAGACGCGUGGAGAGCCGGGGUCCGGAACUGAGGCCGGCGCCCGAUUCUUCUGCACCGCGGGUCGCGGCCUGGAGCCGUUCCUGAUGCGCGAGGUGCGGGCGCGGCUGGCGGCCACGGAGGUUGAAUAUAUUUCAGGAAAGGUUUUUUUCACCACCUGUUCUGAUUUGAAUAUGUUGAAGAAAUUAAAAUCUGCAGAAAGAUUAUUUUUGCUGAUUAAAAAGCAGUUUCCACUUAUUUCUUCUGUAAGUAAAGGAAAACUAUUUAACGAAAUGCAAAGACUUAUAAAUGAAGAUCCAGGAAGUUGGUUGAAUGCCAUUUCAAUCUGGAAAAAUCUUCUUGAACUUGAUGCAAAAAAGGAAAAACUUUCUCAGAGAGAUGAUAACCAACUAAAAAGAAAAGUGGGAGAAAAUGAAAUCAUCAUUGCAAAGAAAUUAAAAAUAGAACAAAUGCAAAAGAUAGAAGAGAAUAGGGACUGCCAGCUGGAAAAACAAAUAGAAGAAGAAACUCUGGAGCAAAGAGAUGUUACCACUAAAAGCGAAAACUUUCAAGAAGAAUUUCAGAAUGACAUAGAGAAAGCAAUUGAUACUCAUAAUCAAAAGGACUUGACUUUCAGAGUAUCUUGUCGCUGCAGUGGAACUAUUAGAAAGGCCUUCACUGCACAGGUCCUGUACAUGGGAUUAUCACCAGGACCUAGACUGCAAAUGCACGUGAGGUCUCAGCAAUAUAGAGAAGAGCGAACACCACAAACUGGCCAUCACCAAACCUCAUCAGUUGGCCCUUACAAAGUUCAGUGAUGUUAAAGGCCAUUGGUCUGAAUACUUUAUCAACCUUAAAAUCAGUCAGACCCUAAAGGGAGGUGGGAAAAGUAAUUGGAAUUGCUAUUAUGAAACACUUCGGAUGGAAAGCAGAUUUGAGGAAUCCAAAAUUAGAGAUCUUUAUACAUCUAAAUGACGUUUACUCUGUGGUGGGAAUUCCUAUGUUCAGGGUUCCUCUAGCCAGCAGAGCUUACAUCAAGACAGCUGGACUGCGAUCUACCAUAGCGUGGGCAAUGGCAUCUCUCGCUGACAUUAAGGCUGGUGCAUUUGUUUUAGAUCCAAUGUGUGGACUUGGAACAAUACUUUUGGAAGCUGCUAAAGAAUGGCCAGAUGUGUAUUAUGUAGGUGCUGAUGUCAGCGACUCACAGUUACUAGGUACUUGGGACAAUCUGAAAGCUGCAGGCCUUGAGGAUAAAAUCGAAUUACUUAAAGUCUCUGUUAUAGAAUUGCCAUUGCCUUCAGAAAGUGUUGAUAUUAUUAUUUCUGACAUUCCAUUUGGGAAAAAGUUUAAGUUAGGAAGAGACAUCAAAAGCAUUCUACAAGAAAUGGAAAGAGUGCUUCAUGUUGGCGGAACCAUUGUAUUGUUGCUUAGUGAAGAUCACCACAGGCGCCUUACAGAUUGUAAAGAGAGCAGCAUCCCUUUCAAUUCCAAGGACAGUCACACAGAUGAACCUGGAAUUAAAAAGUGCUUGAAUCCUGAAGAAAAAACUGGUGCAUCCAAGACAGUGUCAACUUCAUUCGAAGCCAGGAACCAUGAGUUCUUAGACAGAAUGUCACCAUUUGGCUCCUUGCUACCAGUGGAAUGCUACAAAGUUAGCCUUGGAAAGACAGAUGCGUUCAUAUGUAAAUAUAAGAAGUCGCACUCUCCUGGACUAUAGCAGGCUUGCUGCCAUCAGCGGGGUUCAGGCCCUUGUAAGUUAGCUGUACAGCAGAAGUUUGCUGUCUCUAGGAUUCAUAUAGUACCCACAGAGCUCCAGGUAACCAAAUUCCCCCAAAGACAGGAGGUGUGGCUGUUGGGUACACGUACUUGGUAAGAGUUUCUGCUUUAUAUUCUAAAGUGCCUAAUGUUUUUGACAAAAAAGUUACCGAAUAUUUUUUAGACUUAAGUUUUAUAUUCUGUCAGAAUGUGAAAAGUUCUGCCCAGUUUCUGAGCAAAAACUUCAAUUUCAAAAUAAAAGUUUUCAGGGGUUCACCUAAGUGUAUCACAAUCAAUACCAGACUGGGGAUAUUUAACUAUCAGAUUUUCGGAAAUGUAAAAACCUUUAUAUGUAACUUCUUUUGAUAUUAAAAUUGAUUUUUGAGCCUGUAA